AUGCUGAGACACGAGCACAUCUUCAGAAGUGCUUUGCACUCAGAGAAGCAACGAGCGCGUACGAUAAGUAGCUUACUCCGCCUCAGUAUAUCUUCGGCUGCAAAAGAUUCAUCGGAACGUGGCUCAUCUGAAUAUCUAUAUUAUUUCUUUUCUAUUUUUCUGUUCAAAUUACCUACUCUGCAUCACCAUAUCUUUCCCUUUUUUCUUUCAUUAAUCUUUUUCUUCGUUCCUAUCGCCAUCAUCUCUUACUAUGUUUCUUCCCACUUUUCUUUUUCCCCCUUAUUUUCUCAUUGUUUAAUUCUCAAAUCUCCCUUGCCUUUCGUCUCAUUUCUGUCUUUCUUUAUAGUCAUUUAUUUCCUCCUUACAUCUGAUCAUACCUAUCUCUUAUUUUUCUCCUUCUUUCUCUCUUGCAGCUUCUCAUCGGAUUCUAAACUCGACCACUUUAUUUCACAUUGCAAGCGCAAACAUCCAAGUGGUCAGGACCAAUGGCCGUGA